AUGGGAUCGAAGAGAAGAACAAAUGUUUGGUUAGGUAUGUCUGACACUGCGGAGGAGGCAGCACAACUGUAUGACAAUGCGGCGAUUAAGCUCCGGGGUGCCAAAGCGAAAAUCAAUUUCCCAACUUCGACAAAUGAUGUGAAUCGGAGGUCCAGUCAUAUCACGGCUAUUGAAGCAACAAAUGUUGUGGAUUUGGCGGAGGCCAAGGUGAAGGUAAAGAAGUCAGAUUCUUCAUCUGUAAAGCAAAAAAUUAAGCGUAUUGAGAUCGAUUUGAAUCUCCCUCCUCCAACGGAAGACAUCUGA